CCCCACCUCACAAACACACACACACACACUCCCCCAUUAAACAUGUGUGUGUACGUGUGUUUGUGAGUGUCCUCCCUCAGUCUCUCCAUGGCUGAAUUGUGGCAGCAGCUCGGUUCCCCGCAGCAGCGUCGAGCUCUGGCUCCCCUCUUCUUCAUUUGUCUUCUCUGCCCUCCCUCAGGUGCUCUUCCCUGGGAUAACAAAGCCAGUGCAUCCCCUUUGGAGGGGUUUGAGGUGGUGAAGGGGAAUUUCUCUCGGACUUUCCUGCAUGUUGGCUACCACAAGAUUGCCGAGAUUCCAGCAGGAGCGCAAAACAUCAGCAUACAGGAGACAGUGAAGAGCAGAAACUACCUGGCUCUGCAGACCCAAACUGGAGUGUCUAUCAUCAACGGAAAGUGGGUGAUUGACAGGCCUGGGAUCUUCAUCGCCUUGGGAACACAGCUGAUGUACCGACGACCCAAUGAAAUCCGCUCUCGCCUCGGAGAGUCCAUCACUGCGCCUGGGCCGCUCACUGAGGACCUGCACGUCUACUUAAUCUACCAGCAACCAGGUCCUGCUGUACACUAUGAAUACAGUGUACCUUUACAAACCACAGAACCCACUCCUGAGCCACAUGCACCUUCUGGUAUACUUCCCCUGGUAGAGACGGUAGAUCCAUCCCUCUCAGGCGAGAAAACACACCCAGGUGACAUGACCAACAAUGGCAUCACCAAGGAGACACCCUAUCACAGCCAGGUUCCCACUGAACCCAGCGUGAACUCUGACCUUCAGCCUACUUAUACCUGGACGAGGAGGGGCCACACAGAGUGCAGCACAACCUGUGGCACUGGCAGGCGUCAAGUGCUCUUGGAGUGUGUUGAGAAGGAUUCACAGGCGACUGUUCCUGCUGACCUCUGUGACCCUCCACUUCAACCAGUAAACCAGGAAGAAAACUGCAACACGCAGCCCUGCCCUGCUUAG